AUGUCGGUACGCAAAUAUCGAAUCGUUACGUCGGCGACGAGCAGCAGCACGAGUGGCGUUCCGUUCGGGAGUGUUGCGGGUCCGAGUGCCGGAAGUCUAGCUACCCUGGCCGGAGGCGCCAGCCUGACCGGACAUCAUCAUUACCAUCAUCACCACCAUCAUCACCACCAUCAGCAGCAGCACCAUCAGCAGCAACAAUUGCUCCAGCAAACGCAGUCAACGCAACACUCGUACUCCCCACAGCAGCUGCUCCAGACGGCCGUACCGACCACGUUGGUGACCCGGGACACCGGGGCCGUCCAGCGGCAUCUGGCAGCGGCCCCGACAGCGCCGACGAUCGUCGAUCCGCUGCCCCUGUGCCUGGACGCCAACGGGACCUACCUCUGCACUUCCUACAACCCGCGCUGCUACAUCAUUCAGAAGCUCACUCCGGCACCGGUCAGCUGCAUUACGACGUACGAAGUGGCACCAAUUUCGGCACCUGCCGGCUCAGCAGCUGUUCAGCCGGUGGCCAGCUAUGAGGAGUUUCUCGGUUACGGCAAUACCCUUACCGUGGCACUACCUUCCGGUGAUGUGAAGGAUAUCAAUCAAGGCAACAUGAUGGGACCAUUCCGCGGUAGUAGCGUAGCGGUGAGUGGCGGUUCCACCUGCAGCACGGCCACCGUCGCCACAUCCGGUGCCAGAAACGAUUUGUUAAGUGUGAUUGAAGCCAUCGGUGCCGGGAUAAGCCUAGAACCGAGUGAAAGUGUGCUAAACAGUGGCGCAAGUUUAUCGACCAUUGUUCCCGUGCAGCAGCAACCGGCAGCACCGGGAGUGUAUCGAUUGACCAGCGGUCAGAGCUUGUCGAAAUUGCAGCCCGCUGGACUUACGUCGCUCGUGGCGAAUGGAAUUCCGGGAGGGUACGUGUUGAUGAAUGGUGGGGAUACAGGAAAAUUGUCGACCAGCACAGCGGCAGCGGCAGCGGCGGCAGCAGCGAGCACAAUCAUUACCAGUGGCAUGUCCGGUCUAACGAUCGUGGCACAGCCCCCACCACCAGGUGUCGCUGUGACCGGUGGUGGUGGCGGCGUACUGCACAGCACUCUGGUAGCAGCCAACACGUCGGCGGCGGCGGCAGGAACCACCCUCCCAUCGACGGCCCCAGCGGCCGCCCCGAUGGACUAUGUCGUUCUGAAUGGCGGCGGCGGUGAGUCGCCGCUAUCGAUAACGCCGGAAGGAGGAUACUACGCCGAUGCCGGUGGGGCCGGGGCCACCGUUAUUACACCCGUUACCAAUACUGCUCCCGUCGCCGGAAGCAACACUAGCAAUAGUAGGAGCAACAAUAGUCCUGCCCUCGUUAUUAGCAGCGCCAGUGCCAGCGCCAGUAGUCAUUCGAUUUCUUCGCAGCCUCCGCCACCGGCACCGGCUGACGGAAUCGCCGCCGCCGCCAUCGAUAUCGGCAAGGCGACCAUCAUCAGUGAUAGCAACAACAGUGCCGCUGCCGGCCACAGUAGCAGCAGCAGCACUACUACCGAACACAACGGGAUGCCUUUAGAGCAGCUGAAGCAGCUGCUGCAAACACAGCUUGAUUACUAUUUUUCGCGAGAGAAUCUCGCGAACGACACAUAUCUUUUGACGCAAAUGGACAACGAUCAGUACGUGCCAAUCUGGACCGUGGCGAACUUCAACCAGGUGAAGAAGCUCACGAAGGACAUCAAGCUGAUCACGGAGGUGUUGCGCGAGUCACCGAACGUGCAGGUCGACGAGGAGGGCCUAAAGGUGCGCCCGAACCACAAGCGGUGCAUCGUGAUAUUGCGCGAAAUCCCGGACAACACGCCGGUCGAGGAGGUGAAGAACUUAUUUCAAGGGGAAAACUGUCCGCGCUUCAUUUCAUGUGAAUUUGCCCACAACAACUCCUGGUACAUUACGUUCGAGUCGGACGAGGACGCACAGCGCGCCUUCCGGUAUCUGCGCGAGGAGGUUAAAGAAUUUCAGGGAAAACAAAUCAUGGCGCGAAUAAAGGCUAAACCGAUGAAUCGGCUUCCGAUCACGCCGGUCGGUGGUGUACCGAUGAAGAGCGGAUUGAACGGCUUCCGGACUACGCCACCGCCGGGUUCGGCGGCCGCUGCAGCAGCUGCAGCGGCCGCGGCUGCCGGAGUAGUGGCACCGUCGGCUGCCUCGACCGCGGCGACCGUCACGGCCUACGAUCAGUCGGGGGCAGCCGCUGCUGCAGCGGCACUCACCGCUUACCCGGGUGGCCAACGCUACAUUCUGCAGCACAACGCUCCGCUUCCACAGGGUACGGUCCCAAGCUUCAACGGACCUGUUCAUAUGUUUCCAUUCCAGCAGCAGCCACUGUACUCCGGGUUUGUGCCUUCGUGGCCACCGGCUCAGGGCGGCUACUUCGAAAUGGGUCCGUACAUGACGCCGAACGGGAUUCCGGCGCAGGUGGCGGCCUACCAGCAGCAACCGGGUGGUGCUUCGGGCGGUGCCGGCACCGGUGGCAAACAGCAGAAUGGUCGGUACGGCGGAGGUGUCCCAGGUGGUGGUGGCGGUGGAGGCGGUGGCCAUCGACAAAAUCCUCGCAACAAACGCCAAUCGCAGCAACAGCAGCAGCUGGGUGGUGGCGUUCCCAACAACGAUAGUCAAUCGAUUGCAACGAACAGCGGUGGCGCUGUCCAUCGGUUGUCGGCCAAUCAGGCGAACUACCAAACGGCGGUGGUGGCGGCUGGUGGUGGUGGCGUACAGUCGCAACCGUCCUCAUCGUACCAAUCGGGCGCUUCCGUGGGCAAGGGUGCCGCUGGGCUGCUCGGCAGCGGUAGUAAGCUGACGACGACGACCACCACGUACAUUAAGGAUGCGGCCGGUAUACCGAUAGCGACGCUGCCGCCCGGAGCGGUGUUCGUGCCGCAGUACGCUCACUACGCUCCCGCCCCGCACUACGGUGUGCAGUCCGGCGGGGACGGUGCUGGUGGCACGGUGGAGUUGCUGGUCCGAGCGACGGAUCCACAGCAACAGUAUCACGAGGAAAGCGUUGCUCCCGGUACGGUCCUCGUAGUGCCGUCCUACGUUACGACGACGGGGGCCACUGUGGGAGGUCGAAAAAACAGCAGCAACCAGGUCAACGUGGCCACGCUACAGCUCGAUGGCUCCCAGCAGCAGCCACCGCCGCCACAGUCGUGGAUCGCGACGAAUCCGCCCCGAAGGACCACGCGCCGAAGAAAGGACGAGAUGCAAAUGACGAUGGAUGGCAGUUUGGUAGGAACGACGUCGGCGACGGCGGUGAUGUACGGCGGUCACAUGCGCCACGCUGGAGGCUCUAGCAACACGAGCUACAACGCCGCCGGUGGUGGUGGCAACAGUUCCGCUCUCGGCGGCAGUGUAAAUAGCGGAAGCAAUGCAAACGGUGCGAAUGCCAAUAACAAUAAUAGCGCUAAGAUCAACAUGAAUACUAGUCUCGUCCAGUUGACCGCAUCCUCCGGGUCCCAGUCCUCUUCGUCUUCGGCUGCCGCGUCAGGUGGCGGUGGCACUAAAUAUCAGGGUCGUGGAGGUGCCCGUGGCGGUGCUGAUAGUGUGGCGGCGUCCUCUGGCAACGGUUACGGCGGCGGAGCGCUGGUGCUGACCACGGGCGGCGGCGAUGGGCAUGCAGGCGGAUACGCACAGCAGCAACAUUCACACAGUCAACAGCAGCACCACCAGCACAGCAGCCGCAAUGCAGCGGCCACUGCAGUGGCCCUCGAAUCGGCACCGUCUUACCCACACAGCAGUGUAGCAGGUGGCCAUAAGAUGCAGGAAAUGGUGCCACAAGCGCACCACCACCACCAUAGUCAGCCACAGCAGCAGCAGCAGCAGCAGCAGUACCAUCAACACUCGACGUUGUCCCAGCAACACCAUCACAGCAAUGCCCAUCACCAACAGCAGCAGUCAACACAGCCAACGCACCAUCAUCAUCAAUCGUCUACCAGUCACCAUCAUCAUCAGCAACAGCAGCAGCAGCAGCACCAUGGAGGCCAUCAUCAUAACCAGUCGGGGGGGCAGCAGCCGAUACAACAUCCUCCGGCGCAUCACAACCAAUCGCAUCAUGCCCACCACGUACAGCAAUCUUCGUCGCAGCAGCAGCAGCAGCAGCAACCGCAGCAACACCCACCAACGACGGCAUCUUCCGGAAGCAACAAUGCCAAUGUUACUAAUGCCGCCACCGUCAGCACCAUCGGCAGCAACAGCAGCACCAACAACACGAGUAGCAGCACCGGCAACGGCAGUACCAGCACCAGUGUUCAGUUCGAUCUCGAACCAGCGGCAUUUCCGCCCCUGCCCGGUCACGACGGGAGGAGCAUUCUGUCCGGCGGAACGGCCGGAAGCGGGCCCAGCGCCACCGGCGGACGAGGAGCUGGUGCUCAUUCGAAGGGCGGCAACCCAACGACCUAUCACCAUGGCACCGGCGCUUAUGGUGCCAAUCAACACGCUGGCACUGGUUUCACUGCCGCAUCCGGUGCCCACUCGGCCGCCUCCGGCAUGGAUUCCUCCACUACAGCGGAUACCGGUGGUUCCGCAGUCGCCACGACCGGAAGUGGGUCCGUUACUUCUUCCUCCUCCGGUGCUAGUACCACCUCCAACAUCGGUCCGGUUUGGGGAGAAACCCAUCGCCUUGCGGACGUCGUAAAGGGAACGGCCAAAGCCGUCCCGUCACGUCCUCCGCCUCCGUUGCUGUCUGGAGCGCCGGGGUCAUCCACCGUCGCUGCCAUCGUUGCCGGUACGGCAACCGUGCCUUCUUCCUCAGCAGCUUCCGGUGCCGGUGCAGCGCCGUCAGCCCCCGGUGCGGAUGAGUCGCAAAGUCAAAAGACCACAACACCGCCCGGAAGUAGCAGCGGCGGGCCGACGGGUGGUGGAAACGAUGCCAAAACGCAAGAAUUCGGUGCCGCCGCUCCUGGCACUGGCAGCAACAAUCAACAGCAGCAGCAGCAGCAGCAACAGCAUAACAACCCUCCUGUGAUAAAAGGCACGAAUGCCGCAACGAAUGGCGGCGGUGGUGGCGCAGGCGGUGGUAGUAUGACUACCGGGGCCGCCACUUCACUUCCGCCGUCGGUAGUCACGAGCUCUUUCGCCGCGACCGGCGGCGGCAUCGCAACGACAACUGCUAAUAAAUCCACAAAGACUGACGAAUCGUUGCUGCAGAUGGCCCCGCCGCCGCAGCCACCGUCGGCGGCGGCAGCGGCCACCAGUGGGUCCAGCGACUCGCAGCCGCCAACGGCGGUUCGCAACGUAUCGGUGGCCACCGGCGCCGCCGUCGCUGCUCCCACGAUGGCCAAUGCUGCUACGAUGACCUCGACUGAUUUCGCUUCCUCGACCUCGGCUUCGAAGCAGCAAAAACCUUCGAUCGCGGUGACCGCGAAGCCGGUGACCACUGCGACGGCACCGAAGGCGACAGCUACUGCCACCGCCACUGCCGGCCCAUCCUCCUCCUCCUCAGCAGCAGCAACGCAACCACCGCCAACCUUUUCACUGCAAAACCACCCGCCGCUGGUGCCACUCGAUACCAGUGCCAGUCCGUCAUCGGCGGUGCCUUCGGUAGGGACCCCAGCACCACCACAACGCUUGAGCUACGCUCAGGUAGCGCAACAUCAGACAGAGCAAACGAAAGAGAAGGAAGUUUCUUCGCAUCUCCAUCAUCAGCAGCAUCAUCAUCCUCAUCAUCAUGUGGCCGAUAGCAACAAAGGUUCCGCGGUCAGUGCGGCCAGCACAGCUUCGCCUCUGUCCGGCGUGGAGAAAGAAAACACCUCUGCCGCCGCACCGUUGCCAACAGCCGCUCACCACCUCGCCACGGAAACUUCGUUGUCGCACGAGGUAGCGCCUGCUACCGGUACCGGUGGCAGCUCGGCCAGCGGUGGCUUCAUUGGUGUCAUGAGCAAAAGGAAAGACGUGACCCAGUCCGGUGGUCCGCGGAUGGCGGCAGGACCAGGGCACCAUCAUGGCGAUGGUUAUCGAGAACAACAACGAGGAGGAGACACACGCUGCAAUCAAUCUGGUGCCGGUGGAAACACCAACUCACGAAACGCCAAAGAUUAUCGUCCGUUUUCCGGUUCGGCAAGCGGUGGCCAUAACGCCGGUCAGCACCAGCACCAGCAGCAUUCCACCGGGGGCGCUGCUACCGGCGGCGGUGGUGGUGGUGGUGGGGGCAGUAGUCUUCGGCCGUCGGAACAGAACAACAACCACGCGUUCCAUCACCAGAACCAGUCCCGGGGGGCCGGUGGCGGCACUGCCGUAGGUAACAACCACCACCAUCAGCACCACCACCACGCGGGCGGUGCGAAAUCAACGUCGGGGGGCAGUGUUCCGGUCGGUCCACGGUCGACCCGACCCCAUCAGCUCAAGGACUACGUUACCCAGCCGCCGCACCAGCAGCAGCAAUCGUCGCAGCACCCCCACCAUCAUCCCCAGCAGCAUCAUCACCAUCAGGGACCCGCGCACCCGCGAAGCCCCAAAUGA